CGCCUCUUGCCUUUCACACCGCGUCCUCUCCUUUGCGCCCAAGCUGCUCAGCGGACCGACCACCAGACCUCCUCGUCGCACUUGCCUGGGCCUCUGCUCUCGAGCUCAGACACCGCGCAUCCCAUCCCAACCCAUCCACAUCCACAUCCCUCCCUCCCUCUUGCUUUACGGUUUGGCCACCGUCCGCACCGUAUCGCGCAUCUGUACCGUUUCCCCCAAGCAACGAGACAGUCCGAGCCAGUGUCGCCCUCCAAACUGACACUGACACGCUUUACCCUGAUACUCCCACACGCUCUCUCUCAGUCUCUGCUCUCUUUCUAACAGGAUUCAGAGUACCUCUCCCUGGCACACAUACACACACCCUGGGGGGAGCCACUCAGGACGGGCCCACGCCUCUUUUUUCCUUCGCAAGGGACUAACUAACUGGACCGUGUGAACCUCCUUCAACCGGGCCUCCUGGCAAGGGCAAAGCCUUCUCCUGUCACGCUUCUGCGAAUAAGUACCCCCAACGUCCCGCUCGACCUCCCGUUUUUCUUCCCUCCUUCUCCCGUCUUCCCUCUGCCACCAUUUACAGGUCUUUUUUUCUUCUGCCAUUAUUCUCCCCUUGACUCUUGACUAAGAGAUCACACCACCCUCUUCCACGACCAAUACAGUACUUUCGGUAGUGCUUCUGAUUUACACCUUUUUAUUGUGAUACCCAAGUCUGUCACCAGACUUUUUCGAUACCCACCCCCCACUUUCUCACCUACACAUACACAAUGGCCGAAGAACAGAAGCCCGUUGAGGUCCCCAAGGAGACUGUCCCUGCCGUCACCACCGAGCAGCCCGCUGCCGAGACGAAGCCCGUCGAGACCACUGAGGCUCCCGCCGCCGUCACUGCCGACGCGACCACCGAGACCCCGGCCACCACCACCACCACCGAGACCCCGGCCGAGGCCGUUGCUCCCGUCGAGGAGGCCAAGAAGGAGGUUGUUCCCGUUGAGGAGGGCACGCUCGAGCACAAGGGCGCCAACUUCCCAAAGAACUUCAUCUACUCCAAGGAGUUCUUCUGGUUCGGAAACGAUGCCGUCGAUUUCAAGAACCUCUCUUCCUACCUGAAGAGCGAGAAGUCCACCGAGGCUGCUCACCACAACGCUGCUUGGGCUUCCCACACCGGCAAGGGUCUCCUUUUCUUCGGCGACAAGACCGCUCCUCAGGGCGUUAUUAACUUGGCCGACGCCGCCGAGCCCGCCGCUGAUGGCGCCAACAAGUUCCACUUCACCGCUAAGGGCCACAAGCACACCUUCAAGGCUGCCAACGCCGAAGACCGUGACAACUGGAUCUCCCAGCUGAAGCUCAAGAUUGCCGAGGCCAAGGAGCUCGCCUCUACCAUCGCCGAGACCGAGGCCUACAAGACCGCCCUCGAGAGCCUCAAGCCCGCCAAGAAGGAAGAGAAGGCCGCCGAGGCUCCCGCCGCCGAGGCUGCCGCUGUCACUGAGGCACCUGCGACUGAGGCUGCUGCUGUGCCCGCCGCUACCGAGGAGGCCGCCGUCAAGGAGACCCCCAAGGAGGAGGAGCCCAAGAAGGAGGAGUCCAAGCGCCGCUCUGCUAGCCGCAAGCGUGGUUCCAUCUUCGGCAACCUGCUCGGCAAGAAGGACGAGAAGAAGGAAGAGAAGGAGGAGACCGCCCCCGUUGCCGAGGCCGCCAAGGAGGAGACUCCCGAUGUUCCUGCGACUGAGGCCCCCGUUGCUGAAGUCGCUGCCCCCGCCGAGACCCCUGCUGCUCCUGUCAUUGAGGCUCCCGUCGUCGCCACAGAGACUGCUGCCGAGGACAAGCCUGUCGAGGCUGCCAAGGAGACUCCCAAGGAGGAGAAGAAGGAGAAGCCUGCCCCUACCAAGCGCAACAGCAUCUUUGGUGUCUUUGGCAAGAAGGAGAAGAAGGCCGCUGCCGCUGCCGACGCUGAGGCCGCUCCCUCCCCGGCCAAGGAGGGUGAGGUGACUCCUGCCGCUGAGACUGCCCCUGUCAUUCCUCCCGUUGAGGCCACCACCCCUCUAGCCGUUGAUGUGGCCAACCCCAGCACGGUUCCCGUUGAGAUCAAAGAGACUGCUCCCGCAACCAACGGUGAGAGCCGCCCUGAGCUCAAGGAGAAGCGCAAGUCUUCCCUGCCUUUCGGUUUCGGCAAGCGCGACAAGUCCCCUGCCAAGUCCCCUGCUCAGUCUGACGGCGAAGAGACCGAGAAGGCCGAGAAGACCAGCACCUUCUCCAAGCUUCGCGCCACCAUCAAGGGCCGUGGCAAGACUGAGAAGUCCGCCGAGAAGCUUGAGAAGACCGAGGAAAAGCCUGAGGAAGCCCCCGCUGCCGACGCUGUUAAGCCAGCCACCGAGACUCCCGCUGCCGAGACCUCCAAGGCUGCUGAGGAGCCGGAGAACAAGCCGGAGAAUGUCGCUUCUUCCACUCCUGCCCCCGUCACAGCCGCCGCAUAGAGUGCGAAGAUUGGUUCGAUUUCUUUUCCUCGCAAGUGGGUGUCUCGCUCAUCGCACUCGGAGGAAUGAGGCAGAGAUCAAACCUAUGACAACCGUCAAAAGAAAGAAAAUAUGUGCACGCAUCGAUCGGAUCGAGAUUCGGAGGAAGAGCAACAACAUUACAUGACAACUCAUUUCACUCGGAUGGGUUUGUUCGGGAAUCGGAUCUGCAUUUCAAGAUACCCCAUCAAGACUGGUUCUACCUGAUACCCUUUCCUAUAUCCCUCUUUUCAACAUACGCAUCGGAAGGCGAAACCCGGUAGGAGGCGACUCUAUUCCAGUUUCGGUCUUUUUCGAAGUCAUUUUCUCCCCGUCGUUGCUCUUUUUUGUUUGAUUUGUCCCCUCUCCUUUUUUUUUUUUUACCAAGUAUCGUGCUUUGAUACCCAGUUAUACCCGUCGCCCCAGACAAGAACACGAAAAGAAUAGACACCCACGACAAAAAAAAAUCGAAGAUGCCUUGGGUCGACAGGAUGGACGGACCUCUUGUGUUUGGUUCAACUCUCGGGCUAGGGUCAAGAAUCGUCAGACUUGAGUUUGGAGAUGUUGCUGUUGGCGGACGAAGACUGCAUGGGACGAUCUGUGCUGGCCACUAAGGCCGGCGUAAGCUCACUCGCAUUCACUUAAUACUUAAUAGAACUUCGUUGCGUGUU